UCUCCACUCGUCCAAAAUCCAAAACCCAACUGCUCUCAUUCCCGCCCUUCGCACCUCUCUCUUACUCUCUCUCUCUCUCUGAAAUGGCGGAGAAAGGGAAGGCGGCGUCUCUGCUCGCGGCGGGAUCGGCGCGAUCGAGAGUGGACAGGUCGUUCAAGCGCGCCCUCCUCCCUCUCCUCUCCGCCGCUUCCAUCGAGGAGAUCCGCAAAGCCUUUCCGAGUUUUUCGAGUGAUGACCAACGACUCCUCCAGCAGCUAUUCAUCAAGGUUAUUACUUCACUGCAUGGACAUGUAGAGGAUGUCUUCGAAUCACUCUGUGAUGAAAUGAAGGUGGGACCAGUUCUGGAUACUGUGGAACAACUUGUUGAGGAACAGAGUCUAGACCUUGUGAAGUCAGAUAACACAAACGUAUUGGACAUAGCAAGAGAUUUGUCAAUUUCAAAGAAGAACGAGAUUCAGCACUUGAAGGAAGUGCUGGAAAAGGCUGAAAGGCAUAAUCUCCAAAUCCAUGCUCGUCUGGAGCUGAUCAAGAAAGGGAGACAACAAUCAUCUGUCACUGAAGAUGCUCUUCAGAAGCUGUUGGAUUAAUGCAAGUCGAGCAGUUGAUGGGUGAGAUGCAGACUCACAAGACGUGCAGCGGUUGAAGGCCCUUACAUCGAGAUAACUUGUAACUCCUAUCGCUUUGAGGAAAUUGCUCCAACUUGUGUGGUGAUAUACACCAAUUGUACGUGUCAACAAGCUAAGUUAUAAUCUUCUCUCUUGUCACUUCCUUUUGUUGUGCGCAAGAAAGUAUGCCCUUUGGACCAAGUGUAUGAUGCCACCGAAGGGGUCUGGAGCGGGAAUUAAGCUUUCAUAAAGUAUGUACAUCCUUUUUGCUCCUUCACAAUCCACAUCAUCGUUCUGUCCAAGGCGUUAUUAAAUGAUUUAAGCA